AUGGCCUCUGCAGGUAAAGACACCAUGUCUCCCGAGGCGACCACCACCCCUACUUCACCCCGCAGGGGCAGCAGAGCCGGCGCUGGCGCGGGCACGGGCACGGGCACGGGCACGGGCACGGGCACGAAGCGCGCCGCGGAUGAAGAUAGCCCCGGCAGGGGAGAGCAGGCGUCUUCUUCUUCUGGUGCUGCUGCCGCCGCCGCCGCCGCCGAUUCCGCUGCUGCCGGAGCCAAGAAGAAAAAGACGGGUUCCGGAAGGGGUGUUGCAUAUUUGACGCCAGAGCAACUGGCCAAGAAGAGAGCCAAUGAGAGCUUGGAACGGCGGAUCCAGGAACUGCAGGACCUGAAACCCUACCAAGAUCUGCAUUCUGUGAAAAGAGAGAAGGAGGCUGUUGAGCAAGAAAAUGCAGAAAUCAGGCGGCAGCUAUCCGCAGUCGUCAAGACUCUGACGCAAAUACUGGAAAUAGGAUCCGCGUCCUCAACUCCUCAUGCCCCAGUGUCCCAGGUAUCAUCACAACCCAAGAGCGCGGCCCAUAGCCCCAGAACGGCACGCUCAACCUCCCCAGCUGCCUCGGGCACCCCGUCGGACAGUCAUCCGGACGAGGCCAUGGCUCAACUGCACCUCCAGAGGCGGCAGAUGCGGCAAGGUUUGAGCAUCGGGGGCGAAAGACUGGCCCUGGACUUUUUGCUACGGCCUGGCCAACAGGCUGCUCGCGUGCAGGCGGGGCCCGACGGAGCCCAAGACGCACCUCAGUACCAUCACGUUCCCAUGAAGCACGAUUGGGCGGCGAGCAGCAGAGACAGGGACUUGUGGGCUUCACCCAGAGCGUCCAGUGUCGCCGACUCGACGGGGCAUGAAAGCAGCCAUCAGCAAGCCGGCAGCCCAGGCGGUGUUGCUCAUCCUAAUUCCCGUCCACCAUUUCACCAGCCCCAUGAGCAGCAGCAGCAGCAGCAGCAGCAGCAGCAGCAACAGCAACAACAACAACACCAUCAACAAAAGCAACAACAGCAACAACACCACCAACAACAACACCAACAACAACAACACCAUCACCACCAUCACCAUCAGCCGUCUCAGCCAGGUAGCUCCUCCCCCCGCGGCAGCGUCUCUUUGCACGAGGCUGCCGUGCGAAACUGCGAGCCGACAUGUCCCCUGGACACUCUGCUCCUCAACUUUCUCACCGAACGCCGGCAACGGCUGGCCGAGGGUCUUGCCAUGCACGAAGUCAUCGGCCCGCGAUAUCCGUCCGUCUCGUCGCUCCUCAACCCCGCCGGCAACGCGUACAGCCACCCGCUCUCCAAGCUCUUCACCGACAUUCUGGCCGCGUUCCCCGACAUUUCACGCCUGCCCGAACGGGUGGCCGUCCUGUACGUCAUGUUCCUCGUCAUGAGGUGGCAGAUUUCGCCCACCCGCGACAACUACGAGCGGCUUCCUCAAUGGAUGACCCCUCGGCCGUCCCAGCUGAGGCAUCCGCACCCGGCAUGGAUUGACCAUUUGCCCUUCCCCGCCAUGCGGGAACGCCUCGCCCUGAUGUACAACCCGGGGCAGUACCACCUGGACCAGUUCUUCAUACCCUUCACCGCCACGUUGCGGGUGAGUUGGCCGUACGAGGAGACGGACGCGCUCCUGCUGUUGCCUGACUCGGACGAGGUUGUGAUUAAUCCAGUGUUUGAGAGGCAUCUGCGAAACCUUGACAACUGGAAGCUGGGCAGGGCGUUUUCGAGGGCGUUUCCCUCCCUGACCGACACUUUUACGUUGGACCAAUCUGCAUGA